AUGCAGAGCAUCCGCGAGCAGAUGACUGCCGCAGAGGCCACCAAAAAGGAUGAACAGGCCUGUAAGGAGGAUGCCAAGUUGCAACACACUAUUCUUAAGAAGCAGAAGAAGGCAGAUAUCAUGUCACAGCAGAUGGAGUGGAAGACAGCUCACCAGGCAGCAAAGAAGCAAAAGAAGAUGGAUAAGGCCACAAGAGCCGCUCAACAACAGAUUGACAAGGAGCUUAGAGAUGAGAAAAAGACUCAGGAGCAAAAAGAAAAGAAAGAAUGA